AUGGCUUCAUCUCCUCGUAUUGCCGUUGUCCAAUGGCAGAUUAAGGAACUUGACAUUGCGUACAAUCACGCUACUGCAUGCGACUAUAUCCGCCAGGCUGCUGCUAAAGGCGCCGAGCUCGCUGUUCUUCCUGAAUACCACCUCAAUGGCAUGGUCCCUGAAGAUCCACUGUGGGCUACUCAAGCUGGCGAAUCUGCCAAAUACCUAGCGAACUACCAAGCCCUAGCCAAGGAGCUGCAGAUUUGCCUUGUGCCCGGAACAAUCAUCGAAAAGCACACCGGCCCAAACGACACAAUUAUAUUCUACAAUGUGGCCUACUUCAUUUCAAACGACGGCUCCAUCCUGGGCUCCUACCGCAAAAAGAACAUCUGGCACCCGGAACGCCCCCAUCUCACUUCCUCGGCUCUUGAGCACCAUGUGGCAAUCGAUACCCCGAUUGGUCGCGUGGGUAUGUUGAUUUGCUGGGAUCUAGCAUUCCCCGAAGCAUUCCGAGAAUUGAUUGCCGAUGGCGCGCAGAUCGUCAUUGUCCCUACCUAUUGGACUCCCCACGACGCCUCUCCCGAGGCUCGCGCGUACAACCCAGACUGCGAGGCCCUUUUCCUUGAAACAACCAUUACAUCCCGCUGCUUUGAGAAUACCUGUGGUGUUGUCUUCGCUAAUGCUGCCGGCCCGUCUGAGGAUUUCCUCGGUUUGUCGCAGAUCGCACUUCCUGUUGCGGGACCCAUCGCGAAGAUGGGAACCGAGGAGGGAUUUAUUGUUGCUGAUUUGGACAUGGGGGUCAUUGAGGCUGCUGAGAGGAACUAUAAGGUUCGUCAGGAUCUGAAAAAGGAGGAUUGGCAUUACAUUUACCGGCAUACCGGGAGGUAA